AUGCGGCUCGCAAACGAGAGCAUCUCUCUCCUUGAUCUGGGGAUCGAAGAUACCCGGAUUAGACAAGACAUCGGCGAGGGUAUCCUCGUCGAAAUCCCGAGAUCCGAGGGCGCUGCCAAGGCGCACGCCCUGGCCGACGCUUUAACUCUUGUCUUGCAGGGGAGAGCGGUCGUGUCCAGACCUGUCCGCAAGGGAGAAAUUAGGGUGGUCGGCCUCGACGUGUCAGUUACGUUGGCCGACGUAGAGGAAAAGAUCUCCUCAGGCGAAUUCGGAACCUGCAAAAGAUCGGAUGUGACGGUGGGACCUAUCACACAAGGCCGCGACCGUCUUGGGGUAACCUGGGUCCGGUGCCCCUUUGAGGUGGCCGCUAAGUUAGCGGAUCUUGGCCGACUCCGCAUUGGAUGGAACAGCGCGCGUGUGACACUCCUGCCGGGCCGAAAGCUCCAAUGUUUCAAGUGUUUGGAGUUCGGCCACAUCCGGCAGGUGUGUCGCAAUGGAGUAGAUCGCAGCGGUACUUGCAGCCCAGGACCUGGCUCUCCAGGUUCUGCGGGAAGAAAGGGCGGCGGUGUUGGCUCUCGCUGA